CUACCCAUUCGGUGAUUCGUCUCAUUCGUCGUCCGUCCGCGACUCUGAUUUCACGUUGCGACGGAUUUCAACCGAGAAAUUCUUCUGUUCAAUCUUGACUUCUUUAAUUUUUCUCUUUCUCCUCUCCCUGUACCUGUACGCAUUUUUGCUUCUUUUCGCCGGCCUCUCUUUACUUUUAUUCUCCUUUGUAUUACUGCAUUGCUACUGUCGUCGUGUAUCUCAUUGGUUUGGGAAACUUUUGUAUCUUUACAGUUUUAAAAGAAUAAUGUUUCUUUAAUCACGUCGAUGAUUAGGACGCGUUACGUUUGUGCGUUCUGGUGAAAGUUUCGACAAUGUGAUCCGAUACGUGGUGAAUAGAUGUACGGUCUUUCAUUUUCAAUUGGAAAACAUUGACUGAACGAUUUAGAAAAUAAGUAAAAGGAGUUAUUUGAUAACUUUGGACGUUGCGAAUGAGGUAUAUGCAGGUCGUGAGUGCGAAUACGAAAAAUGCGGAAAGUUCAAAAGUGAGGACGAUAAUAUUAAAUUGAUAAGUACAAUAAUCACAGAAUUAUGGAAAGGUAAAAUAAACUAGAAUUAUUGGCCAAAAGAUUCAUUGCCAACGCGAACAUGAGUUAUCCGUACGAGGUGUAAAGUAUCGAAGAAAAGAUUUCAUAAGGUGAUCCAAUGAAAAGAAAAGCAGAAACAAAGAUUGGCAAACAACUGAAAAGUAUUCGCAGGAAUUCGUAGGGACAGUAUAAAAGAAAAGGAGAGAUAAAAAAAGGGAAACCUUAAAGUGUAGCCAAAGAAAACAUGAAUCCUUGAAAGUCCAUAGACUGCUCAAAGUACCAAAGUCUACCCUAGUCAAGGCGAUAGGUUAACUCGAAUCUGAAGAAGAAGAGAAAGAAGUGAUAACAACACCAAGAGAAGAUUCUUCAAGAAAAACUAAAAGAGCGAUUAAUUAAAAAUGACGAAGAGAAUUAGGGUAACUUCAGAAAAUCCAUAAUCAAGGAGUAACUCUCUCGUGUAGACGAUCAAACGGGAAAGAAAAGAGAAAAUUGUGACAGGAAGAGAUGAUCGGAAAAAAAGAAAAAUCUUUGAAGCCCCACUAACUUUACCUCGCGAAUAAAAAUAAAAAAAUAACGAAUACUCACAACAAUGCUACAAACAUUCAAUAAGCAGAAUUCAUCAAAAAUAAUUUUUAAAAAACAUCACGGUAACACCCAAACACCGAUAGCACUCUCUAAAUGAAGUACCAAUAAAAAAGAAAGUUUCAAAGAACAGCAUCCCAAUAAUAGAAAUGAACAUAACAAACCUAACAAACACAACCAAUUCAUCACCGUAUGAAUGCGGUUCUGGAAUAGAUUCCUUUCACACAGCCUAUGCGCAAAUUCACGGGUAUGCCAGUCUCCUGGUAUGCAUUUUCGGUUCCAUAGCGAACACCCUCAACAUAAUAGUCCUAACCAGAAGAGAGAUGAACUCACCAACCAAUGCAAUUCUCACUGGUCUAGCCGUAGCAGAUCUUCUAGUGAUGCUGGAGUACAUACCAUACGCGAUUCACAUGUACCUUUAUGACAGACCAAAACGAGACCGUUUCACAUACGGCUGGACACUGUUCGUCCUGUUCCAUUCAAAUUUCAGUCAAGUCUGUCACACCAUAUCGAUAUGGUUAACAGUGACCCUGGCGGUCUGGCGUUACAUAGCCGUGGCUCAUCCUCAAAGAAAUCGUGAAUGGUGCAGCUUCCGCAGGACCAUCCUAGCCAUAGCAGGAGCUUACGUGAUCUGUCCUCUGAUAUGCAUACCAUUCUACAUGGCUACAAGUGUCAUGCCCAGCAUAGAGCUCCUCGAUACGAAUGGAAAUCCUAUAAACAAUAUCACAAACCUUACCGAGGACAUAUACGUAUUUAACACAACACUCUACUACGUCCAGUUCAGCGAAACAGCUCGUGCCAAUCGGAUUCUGAAUGACAUGUAUGUCUGGAUAUACAGUGUGGUCAUUAAGAUCAUACCAUGCAUAGCACUGACAAUACUCAGUCUCAGGCUGAUCGUAGCCUUGAUAGAGGCUAAGAAAAGGAGGCAAAGACUCACCGAAGCCACCGCGGUAGUCAAGACUAAUGACGAUAGGGAGAACAAGAAGAGCCGAAAGAAGAAUAAUAAAAUGAUAGACAAGGAAAAACAGACGGACAGAACGACCAAGAUGCUACUGGCAGUCUUACUUCUCUUUCUCAUCACAGAAUUUCCUCAGGGCGUGCUGGGAUUGUUGAGCGCCGUGCUAGGCCACACAUUCCUUAAGACUUGUUACGCGAAGCUUGGCGAUGCGAUGGACAUCCUGGCGCUAAUAAACUCCGCCAUCAAUUUCAUCCUGUACUGUGCAAUGAGCAGGCAAUUCAGGACGACGUUCAACCAACUUUUCGGUCGCUGGAAAUUACUCGGCAGAUGGAUGCCCGUACCGCUGAAGCCAGAAAACAAUGGAAACACCGGGACCAAUCACACCGUCACGCAGGUCACUCAGGUCUAGCACAGGCGUGUCCGGCAUUCGGUUUGCUAUCCCCUUUAAAAGGCCACGUAAACUAAAAAAAAGAAAUUAAAAAGUUCAUUAAGACUGUGGCACAAGUCAUAUAUCUGCUUCGACAGUCGCCGUUAAUAAGAAAACUUUUAUAGAUUCAACAUAGGCACAAUUUACAAAAAAAAAUCUUUUUUAAAUAUUUGAUUACUCCCGCGUCAAAAAUAGGAUUUGUUGAGCGUGACAAUUUUGCGUAAUUAAAUUUGCGAAUACACCCCGAGCUUCUUUGAUGCAAAUUUUACUUGGGGAUACAAAAAGCUUUGAUUUGCGUAUUCACGGAAAAUCCUCUAGCACUGUUUUUACAUUAAAUAAUUUUUUUUUAAUCGUUCUUACCGACAAGUAAAAUAAUAGCACAAAAAUACAUUAAAUUAUACACCUCAGAUAUUACUUGGCUAGGAUUUCAAGUGCGAUAUCUCAUUAUCUGUUAUAAGGUUAUAACUGUAAACCGAAGGAACUUUUAUAUUUAAUAUAAAAGAAAAAAAAGUUACCAACUCAAAGAAACGACUCGCUUCAAGUUUAAAAAGUUAUUCGAAAGAAAGUGAACUUGAAGGACCAAUUAAUCUUCGUUCUAUUAAAAUGUUCGACUAACAACUUUUCCUUGGACUCGUUACACGACAAAUGGAAUAUUAUCAGGAGCAAUUAGCCUAAUUUUAUAAAACAUUAACGGACCAAUAAUUUUUAUAUCUACGAGUGCUUCUCGGUAUUUCGAAUUUACGAGCGACUGAAUAUUGAAAAAUCUUCUACGUCGAUAGUUGUUCAAUGAACUGUUAAAUAUUACGAAAAUUGGACAACAGACACGAGUUAUGUAUCGAAUACGAACGAACGAGCGUAAUUGUAUCUACCGACGAACAGUAAACGAAAAUACCCUGAAAAUAUGAAUUAACAUCUAAAAGGCUGUUACAUAACAAGCGAGUGAUGAAUCUCCGUGGGCGAGAUAGAAAUAACAUGUGAAAUCUAAUUUCAGUUCCAUUACGGUGAAUUGAGCAUAAAAGCAUGUAUUAUAUACGGUGUCAAAAAUCAGGCCGUAAAUCGUUGGCCAGCACGUGCAGUCGCUCCUAAAUAAAUUUUCCAACUUAACUUUUUCUUUCACCUAAUAAAACUCUUCUUGAACUAAUAAAAUUAUGGGACCUCAACAUUGAUUUCAGUUAUCAGAUCAUGUUAUUCACGUGUCUAUUAUAUAAUAAAGUAACAAAAUAAUGUACAGUCCGACUGUAAAAGUGACUGGUCGAAAGAAAAAUGUUGCUUAAGAAAAAUAACUAACGAGUCGGCCUAAGUCGAGCAUCAAUAAAUAACCUAUUUUUAAUAACUUGAAUACAUAUAUAUAGAGCAUUCUAGCAAAACUACUACGUCACAACAAAUAUAUUUGCUCGUAGACAAAAAUACCGAAAUUCUCAAUAGUAAACAAGUAACAAUUUUCGUAAACUCUCUGUUAAUAAACUAAGAAACGAAUUUGACGCACGAAGUAUUUAUCGUCACAAGUGAUUCCACGCAAAAACAAAUUGGUGCUUCGCUCCUUUUCGUGAGCCGCUCGAAAUAAUACAGAAUAUUACAAAACAACGAAGGGACUGAUGUAAAAAUAAUGCUGACCCCAAAGCCUCGAUCUCUCCCACACGUGUAUUAGAUUGAGUCACAAAAAACGUUCCGUAUUUUAAAUAAAACUUAUCUAUCUGUAUCGGGACUUUUUUUGUAACUCAAGCAAAUAUUUGCACGGUACGUGAUAUUUUUUUGCACAAAAAUCACACGAAAAAGAGUACUUUAACGAUAAAUAAAUCGAACUACGUAACGAUCGAAUAAACGAAUCCGAGGAAAAAUUAAUUUCGUAAAAUCUCGUAUUUACACAUGUUUGGUGUCCACAAAAUGUUGAACGGUGAAGAGGAUUUUUUUUGUGAAAAAAAAAAAAAAA